AUGCCCACCCAGAAGUAUUCGGACCCAAUUGAUGUCGAUCCCGACUUUUACACAUUAGAAAAAUCAUAUGAUAAUGGUGACUGGCAAUCAGACACCACUUCCAUCGCGACAGAGAUCGCCAAAGGCCGCAUGGAAAAUGGCCGAAGAUACCAAGCCCUAAAGUCGGAGGAUUAUUGGAGUCCAUCCGAUGAGCAGCAAUUUGAAGCCUACGAAACCGGUCAUUUAGUAGCUCUUGUGCUUGAUUAUCAUCAACCCAACCUUCUGCAUCACGCUCCCAUCGGUGAUUCCCCAAAACAAAUUCUCGACGUCGGAACUGGUAAAGGAAGCUGGGCUAUUGAUGCCGCUGAUAUGUACCCAACUGCGACGGUCCAUGGUGUAGAUCUGUUCCCCCCUCCCGUGACCUGGAUGCCCCCAAACUGUGUAUUCGAGGUAGAUGACCUUCUCCGGCCAUGGACAUGGACUGAAAAGUUUGAUUUUGUCUACAUGCGCCACAUGCUCGGGUCUUUCGACGUCGAAGGGUGGGAAACCCUGUACAAACGAUGCUACGACAAUAUCCAACCUGGAGGUUGGAUCGAAGAGCUCGAGUUCGAUAUUGAGGUGAGGACCGACGACAACUCUCUACCAAAGGACAGUAUCCUAGGCCAGUGGGCCGAAGUCUUCGGUGGAGCCUCUGAACGAGCCGGCCGUUCAUUAAUGGUGCAAGACAAGAUGCGUGGAAGAAUUGAAAAAGCUGGCUUCAUCGAUGUCCACGAGCAUGUCUAUAAGGUGCCUAUUGGACCCUGGCCCAAGGACAAGGUGCUGAAGGAUGCUGGUAACCUGAACCUGGCUCAUUGGCUUACUGGAAUGGAGGGCUAUGGUAUGUGGCUGCUCACUAAGUUUGGUGCACCGCACCCCUGGACCAAGGAAGAGGUGCAGGUCUUCCUGGCAAAGGCUCGGGUGGAAUUGAAAAACCCUCACAUUCACGGCUAUGAAAUCGGCCGACGUGUUUGGGCAAGGAAGCCUUUCGACCAUGAAUUGAAGAAGAAUCCUGCCGAGAAGGAGAGUGGGAAAGAGACCACUGAGAAAGAGACCGCUGAGAAAGAGACUGUUGUGGAUACUGUUGAGAGGGAUGUUGCUGUCAAGGCUGAGCCUGCAUCGCCAUGA